UCGGUGGCACGUGCUUCUGUUCCCUCCGUAAGGCGUAGCACCCUCCACUUUAGCGUAGCAGGUGCUUCCAUACGGUCCUGCACAGUGCUGGAUGUGUCGGCCAAGAGUAAACAUGUCUCCGAGAUGUACUGCCUACAACUACGCGGGUCAUGACAUGCAAUGCGCCGUUGUUGUCCGAGACUGGCUCAGUGAGAUAUAAGGCUUAUCAUCGAUCAGUGUAUUCAUCGUCGGAUUGUGCUGUUCUACAACCAUCUGUACCUUUAUCAUCCUCACGGUGGACAUCUACGGGUUAUCUGCGUCGUACAGCAUCAGGAAGGUUGAUUGAUCAACUCAAUGACAAGUUCAUACCGCAUAUAGCAGCAAGAAAACAUCGAACAGAUAGUCCUACGUCAACUACGUUGUUCUACAAUGGUGUCCUUUUUCAGCACGAACGUCAACGAAGACUGUUCCACAGGUACCAUCUGGGCACGUCAAGCGAGUGAACUGAUCAUAUCGUGGACCACGAGAGAUUACAUUCCAUCGGUAACUGCUAAAGGCAGUGAUAUCUCCUUCGAGUAAAGGACACUCAAAAGGACGGUCUUGAUUCCUGUAGAGAUAUAUUUCAACGACGUGGUGUGUUCAGCGUCUUCUAGUCAUAAUCAAGCUGACAGUAUCCAUGGAGGCGUGUGUCUUAUUACCUGCCGAGUUUAGUUUAGUGUUAAGUCCUGAACAGGAUCAAGACAGUUGCGACGAAUCACGGCAUCCAUACGACAUGACGGUUCGCCUGUGGUCUAACCAGGUUAUCCCCGUUGGGAAGACUUACAAGCCAGGGGAUGGUUCUGUCAGGCUGGAUAGGCUUCAAGUCUACGGUGUCCUCAAGGAGAAUAAUAUUCGGCAUCGCUUCGGCUGCUACGAUGAGAUCCACGAGGUUGAAGGUCGGCUGGUCCGCCAUUGCAACUGGGUGCGCUUCGUGCGUGCCACCAAACGAAUGUCACCGAAAGUGAACAUGGUGGCGUCCUGUUGCCACGACGACAGCGUCUGCUAUAAGGUGGUGCAGACCAUAGCUGCCAACAGCGAGAUCGUCGCCUGCCUCAGCGACCAACCUUCCGUCACAUCUACUCCGAAGGACAGCUGUCGAACAGCUUUGCUCAGGAGGACGUUGCAAGAAUCGCCGUUAGACCUGUCGCAGAGCUUACUCUGCACAUCUUCCAGCUCAGCGGAACCUUCCAGUGGAAGUACAGGAGAGACUUUGUCUUCGUCCUCGCUCGCUUCGUCUUCAACCGAACAGAAUGAAAACCUACAGCCUGCCAAAAAGGGUAAACGGGAAAAGUGUCUGCUCAAGUGCCAGUACUGCAGCAAGACCUUCGACAGACCCUCCUUGCUUCGACGUCAUCUGAGGACGCACACUGGUGAGCGGCCGCAUGUUUGUGACGUGUGUGGCAAGGCGUUCAGUACUUCCAGUUCCCUCAACACACAUCGCCGAAUCCAUUCGGGCGAAAAACCUCACCAGUGUCCCAUUUGCGGCAAGAGGUUCACUGCGUCCUCGAACCUCUACUACCACAGGAUGACGCAUUCAAAGGAAAAGCCUCAUAAGUGCGGCGUCUGCGGCAAGUCCUUCCCGACUCCCGGCGACCUGAAGAGCCACGCGUACGUCCACACAGGGUCGUGGCCCUUCCGGUGCCAUUUUUGCCAGAGGGGAUUCAGCAAGCUCAACAAUCUCCGAAACCACCUCUUCUUGCACACAGGUGACCGACCUUACACGUGCCAAGUGUGCAACAAGCGUUUUGCGCUCACCUGCAACUUACGGGCGCACAUGAAGACACACCACGAAGGUUGCCAACAGGUUCAGUGUCACAAGUGCCACGCAGAGUUCCCACUCUCCAGUAGGCUCAUCGUGAACGGGGUCUGCCAACAGUGUAGUCCCAACAUACCGGACUUUUCAGUUCGAAGUCUGGUGCCCAUCUAACAGCCGAGAACCACCUGGACAGAUGGAUUUCUUUUCUCUUUUUUCUUCUUCUUUUUUUUUUUUUUUCGAAGUUCAAGUUCGAUGUGCCAUGUUUGCCGGACAUUCCGGGCGAUCUUAUACGAUUUAUUGUUGCAAGCACACACUGUUUAGUAUAGCAUCACCUAUAGUUGUGUUCAACCUAAGAAUGACAUUGUUUGCGCAUCUUAUUUCUCGCUAUAUUUUGCCAGCAGAAAAGACAGUUUGAAACGUG